AUGGACGUCCAACACCACCUAGUGAAAAGGGCUCAGCAAAGACUGAAACACGCCAGGCUACCACAGAAACUGCUGGUUAACAUCGAGCGCACCCUGACGAGCUGCAUCACUGUGUGUGCAAUAUUGCUGGAGUACCCCACACCAGCCAAAACAUCAAUUGAAAAAAGGCUGAAAGACAACAUGAUCGACUGUGAGCGUCCCUCUGCAUUAGGCUUUAGGCCGGCUGGGAGGAGUGUGAUGGUUUCCGAGCUCCCUGCGCACACACAUUCACACACACUGAGAGCCAUGCCUCAGAGAUACUCCCACCAGAGGAGGAAAGCCAGCACAGCGGCUGCUAGGAGGAUGGAAAGAAGACAUAGGGACCAGGGGAAAAGCAGCAACAACAACCCAAACAGCAACCACAGUCUCCGCUCCAAGAAGCUGGCCAUGCUCUCCAGGUCUCUGAUCCUGUGUCGCUCUAAGACUAACGAUGACUGUCCAGAAGAGAGGCAUGCUGGGGAAAUGUCGGAUGGGUGCAGGACAGAUAUGACCGUUGAGGAUCAUACACAGUACAGAGAUACAAAGAAUGGACACUGGAGGACAACCCAACAAUCAGCCUUGCAGAAAAGAGGAGGCACUAAGGCAGAUAACCAGCUGCAUCAUACCACCACACACAGGGAAAAUAAAAGGAGCAUAAGGAGGACCUUCAGCAUCAAGGAGAGUAGUAUCUGGAGGAUGUGUGUAGCCACAGGGCCGGCUGAGGAUGUGUGUGAACCACAAAUGGCAGAUAACAGUGUCCAGACAGCGGAUAAAGACACUAAUGUGGUGCCAGGCAGGAACGGAGGGAACCUACACAGAGGCUGCAGCUUCCUGAGCCCAGACAAGCUGGCACCCUUUAACGGACACUUUCUAAACGGCAGCACUUGGAUGGCAGGGGAGGGAACGAGGAGCAUUCACAUUAAAGCCUAUAGUGAGGACAUUUCCACAUGUGAAGACGCUCUCCAUUCACAUAGUCUGACUACAAACCCACAGCGUCGUGCUCUUAUCUCACCGUCUGAUCCUCUGUCACUGCCUGGAUACACAGAGGAAGAACUCAUGGCCAACAACCACCUCAAAUUACCCAUCCCAGAGGUGAAUGAGGAGAUAUGCUGGAACCCACCAGGACAGAUGGCCAGCGAUAAGACACGCUCCAAUUCCACCAGUGUUCGUCCUUACUGGAUUGGGGAUCUGGACAGCAUCAUCAUGAAGAGCCCAGAGCUGUAUCCCAGUAAUCCCCAUGUGAACGGAGGUUUAUAUGGAAACAGCAAGUCUCUGUCCCAGCAGCUGGAAUUUCCUCACAUCUCUACACAACCUGUUCACCGUCCCUCCCGCUCUCUCAGCUCUGCCCAGCUGGUACACUCCUGCAGCAACAUGCAAGCCUUUAUAAUCUGUAAUGUUGUGCUGAUGAAGGGGCAUGGCAAGGGCCUGGGCUUCAGUAUAGUGGGCGGGAGGGAUAGCAUGUAUGGACCAAUGGGGAUCUACGUCAAGACUAUGUUCCCUGGAGGGGCGGCAGCUGCUGAUGGAAGGCUUCAGGAGGGGGAUGAGAUCCUGGAGCUGAAUGGAGAGUCACUGCAUGGUCUGACUCAUGAUGAAGCCCUGCACAAGUUCAAACAAAUCAGAAAGGGCCUGCUGAGUCUGGUGGUGAGGACGAGCCUGCGUGUGGGGGCUGUGUGUGGUCAAGGGCAGGUAGCUCAGCUUUGCAGGUCACGCUCCCUCAGCUCCACCACAGGCAUGGCCAGUGCUGACAUGGGAGACUACAACUACCUGAACAAUGGCUGCAGUAACACACUGAGUGUCCCAGGUCAGCCUGCUAAGCCUGGAGACCGCAUCAUGAUGGAGAUCAUCCUGCAGAAAGAGGCCGGUGUUGGUCUUGGUAUUGGACUGUGCUGUGUUCCGUCUGGUGACGGGUGCCCUGUGAUCUACAUCCACGCCCUCUCUCCUGGAUCUGUAGCACACAUGGAUGGUAGACUCCGGUGUGGGGAUGAGAUCAUGGAGAUCAACGAUACUGUGGUUUACAACCUGGCACUGAAUGACGUCUACACAGUACUGAGCCAGUGCUCACCACGUCCAGUCCACAUCAUCAUCAGUCGACACCCUGACCCCAAAGUAUCAGGGCAGCAGUUGAAUGAUGCAAUCGCUCAGGCAGUGGAAAACAGCAAACAGAGAAAGGAAAAGAACCAGUGGAGUAUUGAUGGGCUGCGGAAACUGGAAUCUUGCUCUCAGAGAUGUGAACGUUGUCUGGAGAGAAGUUUCAGUCAGCUGACGGUUCGUCGAGCACAGAAGACCAUGACCCGCUCCUGCAGCGACAACACCAACAGCCAUCACCACAAUCACUGCCUCACUAUACACAACCUCAACAACGCACACCAUAACCCAUCAGCCCGCGCCCACAGCCUUGACACACCCAAGUCUAUGAGAGAGUCAUGGUCUGACAACAGACUGUCAGUGCCUGUGUAUCCUGAUGAAGACUACAAGGUCCCGUACAACUCAGCUACUGCCAACCUGUCCAGUCAGCAAGCCCUAGAUCUAGCCCUCAGGGACAACAAGACCACCUGCAGGGUUCGUGCUGCUCCACGUCGAUACUGCUGGCCUCACGAUGUGACCAGUGAGGAAGGUUAUAACGGAGACUCCAGUGGCUCCAGUAGAGGAUCCCCAGUUAGAGAUGGAGGACUGGAGUCAUCAUCACACACCAGCUGCCAGCAGGAAGGAGAACGAAUAAGAGAAGUGUCAGCGGGGACCUCUCAUCCAGACACUGCAGUCUACACCAGCGAAAGACUACACACAGGCGAUUCAUCAGCUGUGCUCUACUUGCAGCCAAAGAGAGGAGCUCUGAGGAGACAGGCUCGUAUUGACCAACAUACCCACGAACAGAUUCAGGAUCCCUGGGUUCGCCUUUCAGACAACUCCCCUGAAGAGCUGCGCGAGCUAGACCACCUCCACCAUCACCACGCUGCAGACAGGACCCAGUCUAUCAGCGUCCACAGUAAGACUGCCACAAUGAGUGAAGAAGAGAACUUGUCUGAGCUAAAUGGCACAGCUGCAGAUGUUACUUCAGAUCCUCCAUCACACAUGACUUCAGAAAGUACAUGUGAAACUCCUCCAGGAGCAAAGAUGGGGCCCCCUGUGGCCCCCAAGCCUGUCUGGUUUCGCCAGAGUCUGAGGAAAAUUCGGAAUGAGCAAGUCCAAAAGAAGCAAGCUAAACCCGCAGACCAGAGUUCCGCUGUGGGCUUCAGCAGAAGCUUCGGAGUCAGAUCUGCCUCAUCUUCAGCUAACCUGUCAAUCAAACAAAAGAUCCACUCAUUUGAGACUUUUUCAAGUCCAGAGGGUACAGAGAAGGAGGCUAACAGGAGGCCUGCUGCCCCUUCCACCUCUCUUCCUCUAGAGAACUCCAGGAGUCACCCUGCCUCACAUGGAGAUUGUGUGAAGGGCAAACAUGAAAUCCCAGAAGAGAUCCAGGCAAGCCAGUCUGCAUCUGAUAGUGAGCCAGAAAACACAAAUGUCUCUGCUAUCACCUCUUCAACUUCUGAAGUGUCUAGUCAAAUAACAGCCAAGUCCACUGAAGAUGACCCUCCCUCUAUCCAACCCCCUUCAGAUCUGCCACUUUGUGACAGCAUCAGCACUGAUCUGGACUUAGGGAUACAUGAUCCUUUUUUGUUUCCAGAUCCUUCAAAACAGGAGUCUGAGCUAGAAAGAGUGGAUCUUACCAGCUCCACAGAGUACAAAGUCUUACCUGCAACAUCCAUGAGAUCCUAUCAAGCUGAGGAGGAAAGUCUUCCAGUUGGGAUGGAGAAAGAUGGAAAAGUAAAGCUGCUGAGCACGACGCUGAGUGCUGCUCCACCCACAGACAGUGACCAUCAGAGAGGCCUGGAGGGAGAGAGUUUAUGGGAAAUCCUCGCCUUCAGUUACCAGGUUUCACAAGCGUUGAUGCGCUCUCUACCCAUGUACCACUGCCAUGGUAACCCUCGCUCCUCAGAUAUGCAGGAGCCCUCUACAGGGGAUUUGACUAACCUUCGGGAGUCUGAGCACGGUCUGGACGGAACCGACAGAGGGUUCUCUGUUAGCUUGGCCACACUGAGGGAGUGUACCAUUGAGCGCGGGGAGGGGGGAUCUCACGACGAGGCAGCAGUCACUUCUGCUUGCGCUUACUCUGUCAUCUCAGCCAUCCCCUCACAGGAAAUACAAAGGAUGAUCCAGGAAGUCAAAGAUCUGAAUGAAGAGACGCUGAAGCAACUGGUGAACAUCCAUGUUGUGAUUCUGCAUAAAGAGCAGGGAGCUGGGCUGGGCUUUAGCAUCGCUGGAGGGUCUGACCUGGAGAGCAAAGCUCUGACAGUCCACAGAGUGUUUCCCAGCGGCCUGGCAGCUCAGGAGGGAACCAUUCAGAAGGGAGACGAGGUGUUGUCUAUAAACGGACAAACAAUGCAUAGUGUCACACACGCAGAUGCCACCGCUUCUCUUCGUCAGGCCCGCAGUCUGAAUCUGGCUGUGGUGGUCGUCUGCAAGAGAGCAGAGGAGGGAGGAAGAGAGGGAGGCUGCAGGAGCGAAGAGCCCAACCCUGCAGUGGAGGAGCAGGGAGCGCCGGUGAGUGUGGAGCUGGAGAAAGGAGCUGGAGGAGUUGGGUUUACUCUUGAAGGAGGAAAAGGCUCAAUCCAUGGAGACAGACCUUUAGUUAUCAAUAGGAUCUUUAAAGGCGGGGCAGCAGAGCAGAGCGGUCUGCAAUAUGGAGAUGAACUGCUGCAGGUCCAGGGAGUCAGUCUGCAGGACAUGACGCGCUUCGAGGCUUGGAACAUGAUCAAGGCUUUACCUGAAGGAGCCAUCACAACGGUCAUCAGGAGGAGGCAGGGUGGGGUAGAAUGACAGACGUAGCUGCUGGGCGCUACUUACAAAUGACAAGGUCAAAGAAAACUAACAAUGUCACUGGCGCUGUGAUCCGCCUUUGACAUGGUGGAUAACUUCGGAAUACAUUUCUAUUAUUCUUAUGUCACGUUCCUGAUCCCAUAUGAAAGUUUCUGUUCAGGCAAACCCCCCCAAAUCCACAUAUAACUAGCCGGUAACUAGCCAUGUGUCCCAAAUACUGUGAAUAAUUUACAGACCUCACUGUCAUUCUUCUACCUUCAGAAAAUAGUUUCAAUGUUAGUUUCAUGUCUGUGGAUUAUCCUGCAUACUGCUGUACUGUUUACAGUGAAAUGGGAUCUGAGUUGUCGUAUACAGAGCCCGGCCAGUAUCAUAGGGGAAUAAAGAAAAAAUAUUUGUGCACACAAAUAAAUAAAUCAUGCUCUCAAAUGAAAAAA